CAUGCCUACGUUUAACAUAUUGAGUCAGUCUCAAGAGAUGGACAAAACUGCGGAAUCUUGUUGGGGGAUGGGGUCACAGGACAAUAGUCAAUUUGUCAAAGAGAUUUGCAAAACUGCAGAUGAAGUGGCCAAAAAGGCUUUUGAGAGCUAUUCUUCCAAUCCAUGUACAGCAAUCAUAGUGAAGCCUAAUCAGGAACAAGAGGAUCUUCCCAAACAAAAGUGUUUUGCUAUGUCACCAGUGAAGUACACUCCAUCAGAGCAUUCGCCAAAGAGGAGGAAGAGAGAAAAGGGUAAGAAAAGAGCUGACAAUGAAUUUUUGCCUCCACUGAAGGAAAUAGUUGGACCUUUCACAGAAGAUCCAACAGAGAGCCCACCAGAUAAUGAAAUAGAG